AUGGGCAACUUCAGCAUGAGCAAGACUCGUGCGUACAAUUGGUACAUCUCGCUUGUAGCAGCAUCAUGCAUGGUUCUUUACGGUUAUGAUGCAUCGGUCUUCAAUGCCGUCCAAGGAUCGAAGCACUGGGUUGCCUACUUUGACAAGCCUAGUCUCCAAACAAUCGGUGCCAUCAACACUGCCUACACCGUUGGAGCUAUCGUCGCGGGUUGGUUCAUGGGCGGACCCAUUGCUGAUUACUUCGGUCGUCGUGUCGGUAUGGCUUCCGGUGCCCUUCUCGUCAUCAUCGCCACCUUCAUCCAGACCUUUACUCCCCGCCACAACCUCGCUUGCUACAUAGUCGGCCGUGUCGUCGUCGGUCUGGGACAAGGUCUCGCUCUGACUGCUGGACCCAUCUACAUUGGAGAACUCGCUCCUUCCGAGAUUCGCGGAAAGAUCAUGUCAUUCUGGCAGAUGUUCUACAGUGUCGGUUCUUUCAUCGCCUACUGGGUCAACUUUGCAUGCUCAAAGCACAGAGCUGAACUCGGCGAGUGGGACUGGAGAAUGGUCACAGUCUUCCAACUCCUCAUGCCUGUCCUUAUCCUCUCUCAAGUAUUCUUUAUUCCGGAGACGCCCCGUUGGUAUUUGCAACACGGUGAUGAUGGCACAAAGGCCAAAAGAUCAUUGAUGAAAGUCCGCGACACCGAGCAAGAAGUCGAUGACGAGAUUCUCAUGAUCAAGGAAGCACUCGAGUUUGAGAAGGAAGCAAUCUCAAGCUCCUAUUCUGCCCUCUGGAAAGACCCUUCCGUUCGCAAGCGUCUGUUGCUUGCUUUCGUUCUCAACGCCGGUCAACAGAUCACGGGACAAGGUACCCUCAACACUUACAGUACAAUCAUCUACAAGAAGGUCUUCGCCAGCGACUCCACCAUCGCCCUCAUCAACGCCCUCAACGCCACUUUUGCAAUCUUCUUCACGAUGAACGCAACUUGGACAGUCGACCGCUUCGGCAGAAAGUUCCUCCUCAUUGUCGGUGCCAUCGGUAUGGCAGUCUGUAUGAUCAUUGUCGCAGCCGUCGUCACCGAAACACCCGGCGGAAACACAAAAUCAGAGCCCGUGGGCAUAUCAGUAGUAUUCCUCCUCUUCCUGUUUGCCUUCUUUUACAAGCCGUCAUGGGGAGCUACAGUAUGGAUCUGGACAUCGGAAAUCUUCUCCAUGAACGUUCGCGCACAAGCAGUCGGCAUGGCUUCCCAGACCCAGAAUGUCGCAAACUUGAUCGUGCAGCAAUUCUUCCCUACUUUCCUCAACAACUGUGGGUUCUACGCUUUCUACAUGUUUGCUGGUAUCAACAUCUUGUUGGCUGUCUUCGUUUGGUUCUGCAUCCCCGAGACCAAGAACGUGACCUUGGAGGAGAUCGACACUCUAUUUGGAGGUCAAAACCAUGUGGAGAGAGGCGGAGAUAUAAUGGGAGUUAUGGAUGCUAGACAUGCUAACGCAGAGAAGUUUGGUGUCGAGACGGUUGAAGAGAUUAGAGAGGAGAGGAGAUGA